CACCACGCAAAUCAACGGCCAUCCGCGAACUGCAGGGUUCGGGAUUCCAUAAAUACUAUUAGUACCUGUCUUCCGCGCGCGAUCUACAUUCUUCUCUAUCAACAUCAUAUAUGAGGACUUCGACAUUAUUUCUUCUCGGGGCCACCGCUGCCGCAGCAUUUGAGCUCCCGGCCUCGCUUGAUGCCAUCUACAACACCCUCAACAGCACCGAUGCAAAUUGCAAGAAAUAUAUCGACAGCAACCACAAGCUCUACGACGGCCACGAUAACCAAGGCUGGGGGUUUUGUCGGGAUCUGCCCGGCGCCGUGUACGUGCGCGGACCGGAGGGGAAGCUAGGGGAUAUGGAUGUCGACUGCGACGGCGCGGCGAACUGCGAUGUGGCGAGCAACGACUACCAGGGCGGCACGGCGUUCGAUGAGACGCUGGUGGAGGACGACUACGGCAUUAAGUCGCUCAAUGCGACGGUGCACCCGUUCGUCGUGCUGGGGACCUGCGAUGUCAGCUUGACGGAUGUUAUCAAGCCGCUGUCGCUUGUUGCGGUGGUCUGCGACGGUGCGCUGCACUAUGCUGUGUUCGGAGAUACGAAUGGAUGCGAUGAUGAUAACUUCACCGGCGAGGCGUCGCUGGCUCUCGCGAGAUUGUGCUUUCCGGACGACGGCAUGAGCGGGAUGAAUGGUCAUGAAGAACACGACGUGUUAUAUCUUGCAUUCACCUCGGACGAUGCGGUCCUGGGCCCAGAUGACGCGGCGUGGAAUGCGACAGAUCCGACGGUGUUUGAGGAGAGCCUGAAGGCGAAGGGUGAUCAACUUUUGGAAAGCUUCGUGAAGAAGGCGGCAGAGGCGAGGGCGAAUGGCAGGGCUGCGGCUAGGUGGGCUAUGGGGGGGAUUUCGAUGGCAGUUUUGUUGGCUGCAGAUGGCUGGCUGUGAGAGGGCCAACAGGUGAAGUGGGCCUAUCGGCGACUCUUUCGUUCGUCGAUCAGGAGCGCACUGGCUACCAAGCCCCUGGUGAUAUACCGCUAUUUAGACUUAAUUUAGUG